AUGCCUCCAAAGUUACAGAUCAAAUCGGGAGUGAAGAUCCCUCGUGCUCGUCGAACUAAGUUACAGUUAGCAGAAGACCUCAAAAAUGGCGCUUCACCUGAACCUGAGCACUCCUCCGAUGAGGAAAUGGAAGGUCACCCAAACAGCGAAGACGACACUACUGAUGGACUCGAUCUUCCUCACGACGAUCUCAACAUUUCUAACACUUCCAGAGCUAAGAAGGCCACUGCGGAAAAAUCCAAAGGUAAACACAAACGUUCCAAGAAGGAUUCCCUUACUGCGGAAGAACGCGCUUUGGAUUCGAGUUCCGAUGAAGACGACAAACCCACUCAGUCAACCUCCACUCAGCGCGCUGCCGGGUCUCGCGCGCCCAUUAGUCGACGGGCUUUAGAUCCCCUCCCAUCAAUCGAUCCUUCCGUGGUACGAGGAAAAGAGCUGAAGCACCCAGUUGCAACCGCGAUGCAAAUUGGCAAUGAAGCCAAACUCCAGAUGUUAAGAUCAGCCCAACAGGCCGACUUGGAAGCGCGCGACCGUGAUCUGAACUGGCAGAAGGAGCGGUAUUUCCUUGAACGUGAAGAUGAGGCCAAAAGGCACGCACUCAAUUUACAAAACGAUUGA